CCAACCAAUUUUACCGCUUAUAAACAGUAAUUUACCGAUUAUGACUGUUUAUACCCGGUAGAUUGGCUGGGAGCGGCAAAACUCUAGCAGAACCGACCUACACUAGAAGGAACUGAGGUCCGACUGAUACCAUAAACUCCAGUAUGAAAUAUGACAUAAGGACCACUGGCGAGAGCACCGUUUUUUUCAUUGUAUUGUUCCCAAAAGAUGACGGACUUGAAUGAACGGGAGGCCAAACUUGAAGCUCUCUCGGACUCAUCAUCAAUUUCUCUGCACGCCAAGUAAUCGCGGAAUACAAGAACACAGGAUAUGGGUCCCUAGUACCGACUUAACCACCUUCCACCCUCUCGACUCGGCGACAAAUACAGUUGCCCUCAAAAAGGCAAUUAGGCUGCUCGAAGGUGCAUACCACCAAUUGAGCGCAAUACUGGCUCCCCCCCAGCACACGGUGAUGAAUAUGUUUUGGAUAAACAUCCAGAUGGUCUUAGCGCGAUCAGGCUGGCCGAAGCAGUCAACCUCGGCAAGCGCAAGACUGCACGCGUCUUACGAGCCUUAUCCCUCAUGGGCUGCUUUAAAGAAGGAGGUCUUCGCAAACACUCGGCUAUCCCUCAUACUCAAGUCAACAAACAACAUUGGAUGUUUUGCAGGACUUCAUUCUCAGGACGUCGUGAAAUACGCCGGAGUUCUCUACGAGAGUAUGAUUGACAAAGAAUUUUCUCGUUCACAUGAGCCCGACAAAGCGCUCUGGGUAUUGGCCUUCUGGAAGGAGGGUAUGAAGGUUAACUACUAGGAAAUGAUCAAUGAUGACGAUGAGAAACGAGAGAUGCAUGCAGAGUGUUUCAUCCAGGACUGCUGCAUCGCAAGCCAUUGCUAUUUAUGAAUCGUUACC